CUAAAACCCUGGAAUCGGGAACUUACUACCAUUUAGGAUUGAAAUCGACUUUACUGAGGACUUCAGAAAAUUGGCUACGUAAAAUACAUUUCACAGAAUUGAAGCUGCAGUUAAACAAUGAUGGUCUAAAUUUGUUCAAAAGCUCUAACCAACAGCUGUGGCCGAUCCUAGGUCGCAUAAUAAGUCCAUUAGUUAGUAAUGUAUUCAUAGUUGGGAUCUACGUUGGUGAAGUAAAACCAUCUGAUUUCAACAUGUCGGCAGCACUUAUAACUGAGUUACAAGAGUUGCUGACGGUAGGUAAUAAUGUUGACAAGUUUCACGUACAUUUAACAGUUAAAUUAGUUGCUGUUAUUUGUGACGCUCCAGCUCUCAGUAACGUCAGAUAUGUUGUUGGACAUAACGCUACCGCUGGCUGUGACAAAUGUCAGGUUUUAGGGACGCGAAUGGGUGGUCGAAUGACUUUCCCCAAUGGUGAACACGACUUAAGAAAUGAUGUCACUUUUCGUAGUAGGUCCCAAUCUAUCCAUCAUCGUGGUAGAAGUUCAUUUGAAAAUCUGCCAGUGGAUAUGAUUAAAUGUUUCCCCUGUGAACCUGUGCAUAUGAUAUACUUAGAUGUUACUAAAAACUUAUUUCAUUAUGGAAGGAGCUAGCUACUAAGCGACUUAAUAGGAUGGAUCAAUCUAUUAUCGCAUCAAUAAAUGAUGCACUAGAUUAAUGUAGACAGCACACUACAUGCGACUUUCAACGGAAAUGUCGUUCACUUUAUGAAGUUUCUGUAUGGAAAGCCACUGAAUGUCAGUUGUUCUUAUUAUACUUAGGACCUGUAGUUCUUCAUAAUAGGUUACCACUAUCAAUGUACAGAAACUUCCGGACACUGUCGUUGUCAAUAUAUUUAUUAUCGCACCCUAAGUUGCACACCACAUUAGCAAACAGUGUUCGGGUAUAUAUUAACAACUUCUUAUUAGGUUACGAAAAGUGUUACGGUAGCGAGCAAUUAAUCUACAAUGUUCAUAGUUUAAAGCACAUUGUAAAGGACGUUAUAGAGCAUGGAAGUUUAGAGUCGUUCUCUGCCUUUCCUUUUGAAUCAUACAUGAGGAAAAUUAGGCGUUCAGUACACUGCGGAUUUGCUGCGGCUAAACAAGCCGCACAGCGAUAUGCCGAAGAAGUUUACUUUCAAAGUAUACUGAAUCAGGAUAUGGCUGACAAUGUCACUGAGCCUGAGGUAACUGAUGAUUCUUCCGAGCAAAUCGUCAGUUACAGGAACUCAAAGCUAUCUACUACAAGGCCGGACAAUGUAGUUAUUGCAAAAGGUAGACCAGGGUUCGUAACAGAAAUAGGUGAUGGAGGCCUUAUUAGGUUCCAGCCAUUCCAUAAUCCUUCCGAUUUAUAUACCGACCCUUUUCCCUCCAGUAAUAUUGGUAUCUUUAAGUGUUCUACCUUAAGCCACGAGUGCACGUGGAUAACACUGACAGACAUACUUUGUAAGUGCAUGUGUAUGCGCACACAACACUAUGAGGUCAUUAUCCCUCUUUUGCAUACAUUCGAGUAGCAGAUGUGACAUCACUUCUCAAGGAUUGUUGCAAAUAUAGUACUACAUGCAGCUAGUGUCUGUUGGUUAGUGCUUUUGCGUAGUUCAACAUGAAGUGUUCAAGAAUGUAAUCAAUUUUCAAUUUCUCACGCCUUGGCAUUCAUUUAUAGCAUCAAAGUAGGAAGUACAUUUUAGUGGACGACAAGGAGAAGAUGCAAGUAGUAUGCAUCCCAAGCAAAUGGCUGGUGAACAAGGAUCAUUAUGCUUAUCACGAUAAUGUUAUUGAGCAUGAUAUUGUUCAGGUUGUUGAUUUGGACAGUCGAUUCACGCUGCGAAAAUGCACCGUUAUGCAUAGUUGUGACGACUACAAUGCAGCCCAGGAAUUAAAAGCGUGUUUAACAACAGUACUGGGCUACAAUACUAACAUCACGACUAACGAUGAAACGCAGUCUUGUCACGCAGACAAGCCGAAAAGGUAAAUUGUUCAAUUUAUUAUAUCACUUGUGUUAGGACUGUCAAACGAAAAAUACUGAUUAUUUAUGCACCUCAGAAGAACUAGAGGUUGAGGCUGGAUUUGCCCCGGUGGAAUUUCCAGUUUUCAACAUUUUGACAGGAAACUUUUCUCCCAUUGCGAGUUCAUCAAAAGCUGACGUUUCAUCACCACCAAUUCCACGUACGUCGACGGAAGGUGAUAAACGUAAGUUGCAUUUACUGUAUUCCUGAUAACAAAAGUUUGAGCGAUGAUACAAAUCACAUGUUCAGAAUUAUCCUGAAAGCGGUCACUGAACUGGCAAACACAUACACCUUGCACAGAACCAGAAGUAAAUUUGGUAUUAGUAAGUACAAAUUUUACUUGACGGUUCAAAGUAAGUCCACUUUACUGUAUUAACAUAUUUGUAGGUGCUUUGAGUUCACGUUUCAGAAGUGCAAGCUGCCAGGAAAAGGAUAUAAUACACGCCAUGGCUACAGCAAGCCAGGCCUUCUUGCAUGACGCAAGAGAUAAAGUACAUAAACGUGGAUGGGGAUCCAAAGAAAGGACUAUUUAUUAAAAUUCAGUAAUCAGUUGUAUUCGCAAUAACUGAAGUUCACUUUCGGGAUUUCCACAAACUUCGCACGAUGAUAAGUAUUGGCAAAAAAAUGUCGAUUUCUUUCGAACAGUUGCGGUUAAUAUUACAGCACCAGCAGAAGAUGUUGGCCUUGCAACAACAGCUAUUUGUAACAGUUUUGGGCAGACCCAACAUUAUUUCGAGGAGGAGGAGAAUGUUGAGGAAUUUAAAGUCACACAUAAUUCUUUUUU